AUGGCAACCCCAGCGCUUGCUCUGGUCGGUGCUGAAGCCAUGAUCCUGCAGCUUUUCGUCGCAAUAACAGUUGUUCGUCACGAGAACAACACCCAUUUCUGUUUCAAAACCGGCAGUACAAUUCACUUCCGAAAAGCCCCUGGCUUCGUCGGCUUCUGGGCCUACCAUGGCUCUACUUUGCUGGCUGGAAGCAAGGCCCCCGAUGUCAACAAGGCCGGCAUCCAGGAUAUCAUCUACUACGCCGUUUUGUUUCUUGGUGUCCAGAACGACGUCAUCGGUUCUGCGAACUCGCUCACGAUGGGGUACGGCUUCUGGACCACCAAGGCGCUACCGACGUUGCUUCGAAAGCCGAAGGCCAACGGCCGCUACAAUGCUAUCGAAGCUCAGCUUACCAAACCCGGUAGUAUGUACUACCUCGACUUCAGAUCCUUCUGUGAGAACAUCUUCCAGGUUCCCUUGAACGUAGCGCCCACCAAGGUCGACGGUAAGCCACUCAUCUUCUUCAACGACAUUGGAUACACCAACUCCCACACCCAAUUCCGCAACAAUGCCAUCUCCUAG